AUGGCGGGGCGUGAACGCGCGGCGGCAGCAAUGGCCGCUCUGGAGCGGCGGGUGCCGAGUCUCGAUGACUUCGCAGGGCAGAGCUGGAGCUCGUGGGUAGAACGGGCCGACUUGCACGCCGCCGACGGGCCUGAGCUGGAGGACUGUAACAAAUCCACGAAGAAGCUGGAUGCCAUGACCCUGAUUAAAGAAGACAUGUCCAUCUUCGGGCACUGCCCUGCCCAUGACGACUUCUAUUUGGUUGUGUGUAACCACUGCAGCCAAGUGGUGAAGCCUCAAGCUUUCCAGAAGCACUGCGAAAGAAGACAUGGACCCCUCAGCAAGCUUUAUGCCCGGGCUCCACCACCCCCUCCAGCCCCUGCCAGCUCCCAGAAAUGCCAUGUAGUGAAUGGGCAAGGCCCAGCCUGCAGGGCUCCUGGAUCUGCCAAAAGCUCAUCCAGGGAAAAGGGCCAGGGGUCCCGGAGCCGUGGCCACCCACCUCCUGAGAAGACCCAGAAGGACAACCUCUGCCUCUUCGUGCCUGUGGUGAAUCUGGAGAAGAUGUCCAGUCUCCCGAAGCCCGACGGGCCUGGGAUCAGGGUGGCCCCGCCAGCUUCUUUCCUCAGCCAACCUGGCAGCCUCACCAAGGACUCCCCUGGAAAACCCCCAAUUGCCCCCCCUUCAAAAGAACCUCCUUGCAGAGAGAACAUUGAGAUCAUCCCCAGCGAGGGCCCCAGCGGUCACCGGGUCGAAGGCAGCCCCCCUGAAAAGGGGCCUAGUGGAGCCAGGCUUCCCCUCAAAACCCACCGGAAGAUGGCUCGGAAGGAGUGCGACCUCAACAGGCAGUGCGGAGUGAUAAACCCUGAGACCAAGAAGAUUUGCACCCGCCUGCUGACCUGCAAAAUCCACUCGGUGCACCAGCGCCGGGAGGUCCAGGGCCGGGCCAAGGACUUUGACGUACUAGUGGCAGAGCUGAAGGCCAGCUCCCGCAAAGGGGAGUCCCCCAAAGAGAAGAGCCCGGGUCGCAAGGAGCCAGCUCUGGAGCGCCCCGCCCAGGAGCCCCCCGCCUCCGUCCAGGCCACGGCAGUGGCAGCUGCUCCCAGCAACGUCUUUGUGGCCCGUGCCAAGCCGCCCUACCCGUGUUCUGCACUACCCAGGUCCCAGGCCUCCUCUGAGAGUGAGUUGGAUGACGAAGGCGUCUGCAGUGGUGACGGAGACCCAGGCCUGUUCCCAUUCCCUCUGCCCCGCGGUGGGGCCCAGGCCUCCAGCGAGGAGAGUGAGGAAGAGGGGAUUUCCGACGACCCCCACCUCCCCUCAGAUUGCCAUUACGCCACCCGGCCCCCACGGCCACAGGCGUUCUGCACCUUUGGGAGCCGGCUGGUGAGUCCGGGAUGCUACGUGUUUAGCCGCCGGCUGGACCGGUUCUGCUCAGCACUGAGCUCCAUGCUGGAGAGGCACCUCAGCUCACACAUGUGGAAGAAGAUACCACCAGCGGCUGAGCCUCCAUCUCACUUUGUCAGCUCUUCCCUCUCGGCUCCCCUGAGUCCAUCCUCUACAGGCAGCUGCCCUCGCCCUCCAGGCCCACCCCCAAGACCUGCUUGUCCGGCCUCCACGCCCCCUACCAAGGACAGCCUUGUGCCCAGCUACCCUACUGGCUCCCCAAGCGUGGCGGCUGCCUGCAGCCAGGCGGAGUGCACGGGUGGGAGCCAGGCCAUCACCUCGCCACUGCCCGCCAACACACCAUCCCCAUCCUUCAGCAAACUUCCGCCCUCCAAGGCCAGCAAGUCCUCCAAGGGCAAGGAAGGCCCGGAGAUGGAAGCCCCUUCCCGGAAGCGGAAAUCGUCCCCCAGCCCCACCAUGUUCAAACGGACCUGCAUACUGGAGCCGGGUGGGAAAGGGAAGCCCGCCGGCUGCCGGGGCCUCGCAACCAAGACGAAAACAACCCUGAACCUAGGACUCAAUGGGACCAUGGGGCCACGGGUGAAGCGGGCAGGACCCGUGGACUGCCGGAACUCCCCACACACCCCCACACCAGUCAAGGCAUCUCAGCUGGACAACCGGGGAGUGACUGGACACCCAGCUAAGCCCCUGCCAGCCACUUGUCUCUCGGAGGAAGAGGUCGCCAAGAAGCGGAAAAACCUGGCCACUUAUUGCCGGCCGGUGAAAACCAAGCACUGCCAGGUUGGCACCCCUGCUGAUGUGGCCUGCUCUGUGCGCCGCAAGAAGCCGGUCCCAGCCCUCGCCUUUGAGGAGAAGUGUCCCACACUGAAGUCAAAAGCUCAUUGAUGAGAAAGUGCCUGCGAUGGAGCCGCCAGCACCUCCUUCCUCCAGAUCCGGGCCCCGGGCUGCUGCCGCUUUUUAUAACUUUAUAUUAUUUUUUUUAAGAAAAAAGUCUUUAAAAUACCUCAA